AGUUGCUUGAAUUUGAAUAAAUGUAUCUAAUACCCAUAGUUGAGUUGGAUUUAACACAUUAAUGUUUAAAAGUUUGUACAAAGUUGAACAAGAAAAGCCCUGUAAAGCUCCCUAAGCUGUUUCCCACUCAGCCCUCCAAUGCCAAGGUCCUCUUCCUCUUCCUCCUGUGCUGCUGCAGCCCCUCCUGCGCUGGGACCCUGCUUCACAAAGAACUCCUCACUCUGAUCCAGGAGCAACCCAUGUAACAUCCACGCUGCCAACUGCUUGUACAUCACACCAUGGCAAACUGCAAGAAUCCUGCCCAAGGAAAAUAGUGAUUAAAAGUGAUGACAGAGGAAAGUGGAAUGGAUGUUUCUGAGUACCUGAAUCAAAACCCACACUUGGCAGAAUGGGUGGAAACUUUGAGAGAGCAGUCUGAGACCGGUAAGCACUGGGGCUCUAGACGUGAAUUUAUUCUACGCAAUAUGGAGGUUUUUCCUACCAUUGAACCAGGGACCACAUCACACAGUCUGGAUAUGCUGCUUUCUUUGUCCAAAGUUUGGGCCAACCACGUGUUCUUAGGCUGUCGGUAUCCAGAUCCGGUAAUGGACAAAGUGAAAGAGUUGGCAGACGGAAUCACUGUGAUUGAUGCCCCAGUUCGUAAAACAAGAGAUGAAAUCCUUGGAAAAGGAAAAAGGCCACCUGUUAUAGGUACAGAUGCUGACAGCUGUGUUAAGAAAAGCAAAUGUGUGCCUAAUGACUCUAACAGCAAAGACCCUGAAAGAAAUACUGAAUGUGUGACUACUCCCGCUGCUAUUAAAUCGGGCCCUUCAGCUUCGGCCCCUGCAGAACACCAGCCUUUCUUUAAUCGUCUUUACAAAGCUGUGGCCUGGAAGUUGGUAUCUGCAGGAGGUUUUGGACCCAACCUGGAUCACUUUGAGAUCCUGCGCUCCUGUGUGGAAUCAUGCAAAGCUAGCCUUAGUUGUGUAUUCGUGCCACUUAAAGACAUUCCCGACUUGCCGGCUGGCUGUACCCAGAAAGAGGGCCAGGUGUGUGAACUGCGCUGCCAUACUGUCUACCUCGGCACAGGAUACGGGCGAGAUGAAUGCGCGGCCAGGGCCAUGGCCUCAAAGGAGGCUUUGAAAAUAUUCCAGGGACGGAAGGUGAAUGUGAGGAUCUCCCGUCGCAGAUUUCAGGGCCGGGAUGUAGAGGACAUAGUUUUGUUUGACGAGCAGCCCAGAGGCCCAGUUUUGCCCCCUGCUCUAAGCUAUCCUUUUUAAGGUUAUCUACUACAUUUUACUUUUUUGUGCCCACAUAACUGCUAAUUUGUUUGACAGUCAUAGAAUAUGCCUUGUGUUGGAAGAGGGUGUACAAAUAAUACUCUGAUAUUCUGUUUGUUCUUCAUAAAUUAUUUUACAGUUUGUUGGUUACAAUUAACUUAAAGGAAUACUGUAGCAUUUUCACAGCCUAAUAUUUAGCUAAUGCAUCUGUGAUUGUAAGUACAUUAUUCCUGUAGUGAGGUAGAAAAUAACAUCUCAAAACUCAUUUGAAAAAUGGGGCAGGAUUCCAUCAAUAAUGUAGGUAUUUAAUUAAAGGGGUUUGAAAAUCAGUAAGCUUUGUUGGCUUUACAUUUACAUAUUUUAUCUAAAACAAUAUUCUUUUUCUUCAAGGUUUAACAAACAUGGUUAAUGUUUUUUUCCCCCAAACUUCAGUUAAAUUUGUUAACUGGGAGCUUUGUUUAUGUAAUAUGAUUGAUUAACAUGACCAAUUAUUGGAAAGAAACCAGCAUUGUUUUUCUGAGUUGUACCUCCAUAAUACACAGUUAGUGACACAGUCUACCCUGUUAUGGUCUGUAGGUCUGUAAGUCCACCGGCUACUUUUAGCUUCAGUGCCUUACCAGCACGACUCUAUUGUCAGUAGAAAUUGUAUAGCAGUGAAUAUGCUAAAAAAACAGUUGGUUUCUUUUAAAACGUCUACAUUUGCACUCUUACUUUUGAGUUCGAUUUUUACAGAGAAUGUUCAAAAAGUGUCUAUUUUUAAGUUGUUACCACCUUAAGUUGUCUAAUGAAACUAUUAGUUUAGCAUUAACUUAAGCUAAUUAGCUCACUAUAUUUGACAAAUCCAGGUUCUUGACUCACAUUAAGAUUUUACAGAUUGCUGGUAAGCUAACAAUGAGCUUCAUGGUUGUUUGGUUUCUUCUUACAUUUCUUCUUAUGGUUACACUUGUGCUCAUGUAAUCUAUGCAUAAAAUAGAUUUAAUAAAGAUUUAAUAAUUUAUGCAGUGGUACAUGACCUUAUAUGACUGUAAAUAGUUUUAAAGGAUUAGGCCUUAAUCUGUAAUUCUUUUUUUUUUCUUUUUAGAUUUGGGCUAUUAGUAUUGCCUUUGUGUCUUGAAUUUAUUUGACCCUAAAUCAUUUUAUUGUUCCAAUUUAGGUUUGUGACAUUUAAGUGUAAUCAUUAUAACAUUCUUUUGAUAUUUCAGGCCCAAGUUUAUUCCUAAUGUCUUUGAAGUACUGUGUAUACCUAAUAAAAU